AUGUUUUCUAAAUAUAGUGUUACUGACAAAAAAAGAAUUGGAAAAAUAAUUAAAAAAGAAGAAUUGUUCUUAAAGACAAAAUUAGAACAGGAUAUAAUUACAUUAACUCACCAAAAACAAUUAUUUCAAGCUUUGGAAAAAGGAGAACUUGAAGAGGUUAAGAAAUGUAUUAAAAAUGGAGCAGAUAUUAAUGCUAGAAGUUUUGAUUUACAAACUGCAUUACACUUUGCUGCAAGGGCCCCUAAUUUGGAUGCAGUAAAAUUUGUUGUCGAUCAGAAUAUUGGAUUUGAAAAGAAAGAUGUGGAUGGACAAAGUCCCCUACAUGUAGCAGUGAGAUAUAGGCGAAAAUGUACGGUUGAGUACUUAAUAGAGAGAACCAAUGCCAAUGUUAAUGAUUGUGACAAUUUUGGUAAAACCUGUCUACAUAUUGCUGCUCAAAAUGGAUUUUAUGAUAUUGUUCAAGUGCUCAUAAUACAUAAAUCUAAUGUGAAUGCAAUAGAUAUAGAAGGUGUAAAACCUCUUUUCUAUGCUGCCAAGAAUAAUCAUAAGGAUAUUGUUUCCCUUCUUUUGGGAAAAGGAACUAAUAUAGAUACUCCAAAAAUAUUUUGUGGGUUUACUUUGCUCCACACGGCAGUAGAAAAUGGUCAUUUAGAACUUACAAAAUUUUGUCUUAGAAAUGGUGCUGAUGUUAAUAGUCAGACUGAUCAAGGUGCUGUUCCUUUACACUUAGCUACAGUCUAUGGUCACUUCAAUGUAGCGGAGGUAUUAAUUUCUGCUGGAGGAAAUGUAAAUGCUAUGACUAAUUUAGGUUGCACUCCAUUGUGUAAUGCGGUAGAAUUUGGGCACAAAAAGCUUGUGAAUUUGCUUUUGCAAAAUGGGGCUGGUGUGAAUACAUUUGGAUCUAGCUAUGAUAGUCCUUUGGCUUUUGCAGCAUUGGAAGGGGAUGGGGAUAUUUUAGAAAUCUUAUUAGCAGAAGGAGCACAUGUUAAUUCCUUGACAACAGAAGGAUUUACUGCAUUGCAUCUGGCAGCAACAAAAGGUCACUACAAUGUAGCUCAGAUAUUAUUACAUAAUUCUGCAUCAGUAAAUAUUAAGGAUACCGAUGGAUAUUCAGCUUUGCAUAAAAGUUCCCAAAAUGGCCAUGAAUCUGUUGUAGAUUUACUACUAAACUUUGGGGCGAAAGUGAAUGAUAGGACAAAGGACAACAACAUGCCAUUACAUCUAGCUGUUGUUAAUAAUCAGAUUGACAUUGUGAAAAAUCUACUACUGUUUGGAGCUUCUAUUAACUCUGUUAAUAAUAAAAAUAUGUCACCUCUACACCUAAGCUGUCAGAAAGGUUUUGAAGGUGUUACAAAAACACUAAUUGAGAAUGGUGCAUGUAUUAAUGUAAAAGACUCAAAAAAUAGAACUUCAUUACAUUAUGCUGUGAUAAGUGGCAUCAAGGAAGUAGUGGAACUCCUGCUCAUUAAUCAAGCACAAUUGCAGGAGAAAGACAUACAAGGGCUUACUGCCCUACAUUAUGCUGCUGUAUGUGGGGUUAAAACAAUUCUGAAUUCUUUGAUUAUUGAGAAUGUUGACAUUAAUGUUUCAAACAUGAAGAAUGAAACACCUUUACAUUUAGCUGUGAGUAGCAACCAUACAGAAAUUGUACAAAGAUUACUAGAUGAAGGGGCUGAGGCAAACGUUUUAGAUACGAAUUCUAAUACACCAUUGAAUAUUGCAGUUAAGAACAACAAUAAAGAAAUAGUUUCUUUGUUAAUUUCUAAAAAUGUUUACGUGAGUAACACUAAUCUGAUAGAUGCUGUGAAUUUAGGAUAUCCAGAAAUUGUUGUUCUGUUAUUAAGAAAAAAUAAGAGAUUUGAUCUUAACAUGAAGUCAGAUAAUGAAAUGACCUUGUUAUGUUCAGCAGUUUGUAAAGGUUACAGAACUAUAGCUCAAAUAUUAGUUAAUAAAGGAGCAGAUGUUAAUUUUGCAUGUGGAAGUGAAAAAUUUACUCCUUUACACGUUGCAACAGCAGGAGGUUAUAAAGACAUUGUACAAAUGCUUCUUUACAAAAAUGCAAAAAUUAAUGUCAAGUCAUAUGGAGACCAUACUCCACUCCAUGUAGCAUCAGUUCUAGGGUAUAUUGAUAUAGUGGAUGUUCUUGUAAAUGCAAAAGCAGAUGUAACUUUAAAAGAUGAUAAAAAUCGAACUUGUGUAGAACUUGCAGUAGCUUAUAAUAAUGUGAGUGUUGUAGAGUAUUUAUCUAAAUUGGAAAUUGUGGACAUCAAUGCGAAAGGAAAUGGUGAUUUUACAUUAUUACAUAUUGCUGCCCAAGGUGGACAUCUAGAAAUAACAAAAUUCCUGGUAAAGAUUGGUGCCAAUAUUUAUGCCAAGAAUUCUUUAGGUUCUAUGCUAUUCAUAUUGCAGCUAGGGAAGGCCAUGUUAAGUUAUGGAUUUCUAUCUUCUAGCCAAGUGAACAUUAAUGUUUUGUGA